GAUUUAUGUAUUAUGGUGUGUCCCAAUUUGGAAUCUCAUGUUGAGAACAGGUUUCAGGAAAUUGCUGGUACAUAAUGUCGAUACACAGACUGCGACAAUGCUGGGAUAUGGUCUGUAAUCAAGAGAGCUCUUGUGCGGUCAAUUACUUGGAUUGCAGUGCUUUAACAGAUCCGAAUAGGAUAGCUUGGCUUCAAUCGAGCAACAUUAGCAGAGUUUGUGACCCCGAUAAUGCUCUAUAUCCAUAUGGCAUUUAUAGCUUUACAGUAACAGAAAACCUGUCUACAGGUGGUUUCUUCAACAAGUAUUUUUUCUGUCUUUGGUGGGGACUAAGAAAUUUAAGUUCACAAGGACAAAAUCUUGAGACCAGCAUUGAUAUUGCAGAAAAUUUGUUUUCGUUGGUCAUUGCAACCCUUGGACUUUGCUUAUUUGCGAUUGUCAUUGGUAUUAUGCAAAAAUACAUACAAUCUGCUAGUGUAAGAAUAGAGAAUUGGAGGCUCAAGCAAACUGAUAUGGAGCAGUGGAUGCACCAUAGGAAGCUACCUAGAGAACUAAGACAAACUAUAAUCGAGUACUAUGAUUACAAGUGGGUUGCUACUCAAGGAGUGGACGAAGCCUCUAUUCUUAAUGCACUUCCCAUUAAUCUCAGGAGGCAAACUAAGCAAUACCUUUGUCUCAAUCUAGUUCGACAAUUGAUGGUGUUAUAUUGGGAAAUUCUACCACAGGUCCUAUGUACCAAUGCUAUGAUAGGGUUUAAGAGGAUCUUGGCAAUUGCUGUUUUGAUAGCAGGAUAG